CGGGCCCGACGAUGGCACCGUUGCUGUAGCCGCCGGUGCCGUCCACGUUCUCGGCCGCCGCUACGACGGCCUCGGGGCCUCGGUCCUCACAACACCCAUUAGCUCGUCGUCGGUCCCGGCCGCUGCCUCGUCGACGUCGUCGGCUUUGUCGGCUUCGUCGGCUGCAUCAGCAACGCCGCACUCGGCGCUGUCUGUGCACCUGGCGUCGUCGGGUCCGCAUCAGCUGCACCGCUGCCGGCGCUGGCUGCCGCUCUCGCCGUCCCGCACGUCGAGGCUGCGCCGGUCGAGGCCGAGCUGUUGGCGCAUCUGGCAUCGCUGGUGUGGUGCACGUAUCGAGCAGACUUUGCGGCCAUCGAACCAUCACUCCUGACCAGCGACACCGGGUGGGGCUGUAUGCUUCGCUCGGGCCAGAUGCUGCUGGCCAAUGUGCUGGUCGGUCACUUGCUGGGCCCAUCCUGGCGUCUCGCCUCGCCGGGGCAAGGCCGCAAGGCCUCGUCCCGCGACACCCGCCUCUACCGCCGCAUCCUCUCGUGGUUCGCCGACGUCGACCGUCCGUCUGCGCCCUACGCCAUCCACCACAUGGCCCAGCUCGGCGCUCUCCGCCAUGACAUCAGCCUUGGUUGUUGGUUUGGUCCGCAUACCACCGCACUUGUCAUCGCCGAGCUUGUUGGCCUCCACACCCCGCGUCUCGCGGUCUACGUCGCAUCGGACUCGACCCUCUUCCGCGACCGCAUCCGUGACGCCAGCACGCCGCAUCGCAGGCCGCGCUAUCCGUUUGAGGAGUUUGAUGCUGAAGUUGCCGAUGGCGUGACCAUCCAGACCAAGCGGGUGCGCCGUGUGGCGCUCCCGCCCGACGCGCUCGACGUCCGCCCGCUCCGCUCGCGCCCACCUUUGACCCGGAGUGCCGAGCCAACUCGCUCGCGCACCGUCCGUGUUGUUCCUCUCGAUCGCAGCACACUUGGUCUCGGUGCUGCAUGGGACGUGCUUGGCGUGCCUAUGGUCGAGCCGUGGGACGAGCUCCCAUCUCGCAGCAGUGGCACCCAGGCAGCGGCGUCAUGCAGCGACAACGACGCACCCAGCGAGGCCGCGGGCUUUCUCCCACUUCUCAUCCUUGUGCCACUCCGGCUCGGUAUCGACGCUGUCAACCCGCUGUACUAUCCGUCGCUGCAAGCGCUGCUCGCCUUUCCACAAUCGCGCGGCAUGAUGGGCGGACGCCCCAACUCGGCGUUUUACUUUGUGGCGUCCAGGGCGAGUACGCGCUGUACCUGGAUCCACACGUGACGCAGGCGUGCGUUGACGUCACGCUCUCGCCGUCGAUCGACGCAACCUCAUACCACGCCCCGCCUGUUCGGCGGCUGCAUUUCUCGCGACUUGAUCCAACGCUCGCGCUCGCGUUCUACUGCGCGUCGCAAGCCGAGCUAGACAACUUUUAUGCCCGAUGCGCGGCGCUUGACGUGCCGCCGCUCUUCUCCAUCCAGGAUCAGUUUGUUGACUUUUCGACGACCCCGCUCUCGCCGAUGUCGUCGUCGCCGCCUAGCAAGCCGCAGAGUCCGGCCGCCGCCGCAGCAGCAGCAGCGGAGGACGCGUGGGUCAUGGCUGCCGGUGG